AUGAGGAUCCUCCUGUUGGUCUUACCCUUCUUGGUAAGUGGAUAUGCCCUUGAAGCUGAUGAUGGCUACGACAUCUGGGAUCCCUUCAUAAUGGACCUUCUGAAUUGGAUCGACGACCCAACGCGAUUCAAGAGAGAUCCACUUUCGAUCUUUCUCAGCUAUGAGAAUGAUCAAAGCAGCAAAAAUACCGACGCUCCCAAAAUCAUUGACAUGAGCUAUGAUAAUGAGGGGAAGGAAGUGAUUAAGAAGCUGAUUCACACAGGCGAUACGAAUUCACAAGGUUCACCCAAAUUCCCACAGAUUACAAUUAUAAAUGAAAAAAAGAGCUGCAAGUGCAAGAAAUCCAAGAAAAAGACUCCAACUGAGGAACAACCAAAGGAAAUUCCUGCAACGCAAUAUGAAGAUCCUUUUGAGAAGCUGCGUCCAAGUCGAGCAUAUACUCCAACUCUUGACGGUCGGAUAAACGUGGACAAAUCAGAGGAAGAGAUCAAGAUGGGGAAGCAAUUAUGGUCUAUGUCUUCUGAAGAACUGAACAAUGGAAAGUAUGCGAAAGCAUCUGGGAUCACAGAUGCGAAAUCAAGCCUUAUUAGCUCUUUUGCUUCCAAUCCAUGGGAUCCAUAUCCAUUCGCCCAGCCCACAUAUGAAAAGCAUCUACAUAAUCAACCAAAGAUCCGACAGGUUCCUGAGACAGAAGCAUAUCCUCACUACUCACUCUUCACCGGGGAAUUUAGCCCACAGGACAUCAAGGAAAUGGCCAUGAUUCACAGAAUUAAUUCUGAGCACGAUCUGAGUCCUGGCGAGUCAGAAUACGAUCAACGAGAGAGGAUAAAGGAUGCUGUUAUGGACUACAUCAGAUCAAAAUACUACACAAAAAUACCAAAGAAGCGCGUUAUUGCCGAAAGCACACACACCAGCUACUGA